CUUCUGCAACUUUUUUCCCUCCUCCCUCACUCUCUCUCUCCCUCACCCCCUUACUCGCUGAUCUUUCCCCUUUCCGCCGACCAAAAAUCCUGUAUUUCUCCUCCGCCAAGCCAAUCAAUCAAUCAAUCGGCGGUUCAGUCUUUCCACAAAUGCAAGACUUCAUCGGAUCGGUCAGGCGGUCGCUCGUCUUCCGCCCCGACACAGAGAGCAGCAGCACUACGGCGGAACUCAACAGCGGCGGCAGCCCUCCAUUAACGGGGACUCGCCCAUUGGUCGACAAGAUCAAUUCAUGCAUUCGGAAGUCUAGAAUCUUCGCCAAACCUUUGUCUUCCCCUCCGCUUCCAAUGGCCCCUCCGAUCCGGUACCGGAAAGGAGAGCUGAUCGGGUGCGGCGCGUUUGGUCAGGUCUAUAUGGGCAUGAAUCUUGAUUCCGGAGAGCUUUUGGCUAUCAAGCAGGUUCUGAUUGCAGCCAAUGGUGCUUCCAAGGAGAGAGCGCAGGCUCAUGUCAAAGAUCUUGAGGAAGAAGUGAAGCUUCUGAAGAAUCUUUCACAUACCAACAUCGUGAGAUACCUCGGCACAGUUAGGGAGGAGGAAUCAUUGAACAUUUUGCUUGAAUUUGUUCCUGGUGGAUCUAUAUCCUCACUUUUAGGAAAAUUUGGACCUUUUCCUGAAGCGGUUAUCAGAACAUAUACCGAGCAAUUGUUGCUGGGAUUGGAGUACUUGCACAGUAAUGGCAUCAUGCAUAGAGACAUUAAGGGAGCAAAUAUCCUUGUAGAUAAUAAAGGAUGCAUUAAACUUGCGGAUUUUGGUGCAUCGAAGCAGGUAGUUGAGCUGGCCACAAUUUCAGGGGCGAAGUCAAUGAAGGGUACACCAUACUGGAUGGCGCCUGAAGUCAUUCGUCAGACAGGGCAUAGCUUUUCUGCUGACAUUUGGAGUGUUGGAUGUACUGUGAUUGAGAUGGCAACUGGAAAACCUCCUUGGAGCCAACAAUACCAAGAGGUUGCCGCCCUCUUUCACAUAGGAUCAACAAAGUCACAUCCAGAAAUACCUGAGCAUCUCUCAGAUGAUGCCAAAGAUUUUCUGCUCAAGUGCUUGCAAAAGGAACCUGAUAUGAGACUAGAUGCAUCUGAGUUGUUGAAGCAUCCAUUUGUUAUAGGGGGGCAUGGAGUUUCUGAUACAGCAACCAGUUUUACUCCACAGUCACAACCCACCCAAAUAGACAUCAGACCAUUGCCAUCUGUAUCUGGCUCUGGAGAUCUCUGUAACUUGGGGAGUCUAAACUUUUCUGUAAAUCUUCAAAACUCAAGUGAAACUCAACAUCUGUGGCGACCAAAUGAUGGGGACGCUGAUAUGUGUCAGAUCGAUAGUAGUUUCAGUAUAUCAAAUCAAAAUCCAAUGAUGACUUCUGGUGAAUUUGACAAUGAUCAGAAUGUCAAGCAUGAGUUUGUUGGAGAUUUAAUGGGAAAAUUCGAUGAGUGUCUCGAACCAGAUGGAGUUCGAAUGUGCACUGAAGAACCAGCUCAGUGCAACAGAACCUUGUCAUGUGAAAUAUCAUUAUCUGAGGAUGAUGAUGAACUCACUGAAUCUAAGAUCAAAGCUUUUCUAGAUGAAAAGGCUUUAGAGCUGAAGAAACUGCAAACGCCUCUUUUUGAAGAAUUCUACAACAGCAUGAUUGCAACUAGCUCCUCAAGUUUUCCUCAGGGCUUGUGCAAUGAAACUUCUCCAAAUUACUUGAAGUUGCCACCUAAAAGCAAGUCACCUAGUAGAGGAGUUCAGCUGGGGGUCUCCUCCCCUGUAACUGAUACCGAAACCCCUGGGAGCACUGGUCGGAGUGCAUCAAAUGUCGUUGAUGCAAAUGAUGCAACUUCAAGAGCCAUUUCUUCUGCACAUGCUGAUGAACAAAAUGUAGUAUUCGUAGAUACUCAGCCAGAAUCUAGUAGCCGAUGUUUAUGCUACCUUUUCUUCAGCGUUGAGGUUUCUGAGAGACAGAGGAAAUGGAAGGAAGAGCUUGUUGAGGAGCUCGAGAGGAAGAGAGAGAUGAUGAGACAGGCAGGGAUUGCAGCCAAAACUUCCUCAUCACCAAAGGAUCGAGCACUGAACAGGCAAAGGGAAAAGACUAGAUUCGCGUCAUCUCCAGGGAAGUAAAGUCUCAAACUUCUACUACUGAUGAUAAAUGUUCUUCUUCCCCAAAGUUUUGAUGGACAAGAAGAGAUAAAUUCUCUGUGAAGAGUUUUUGUCUGGCACCCUUGUGAAUAUAUCUCUUUUGAAUACUACCUGGUUUCUCCAAAGCUUUGCCACACAUGAGAGGAGAUUAGUUUGUUAAUAGAAAUGUGUUCUUUCGAUUCCGACCCUCUUGCUGGUUUGUAACCAAUUUUGCAUGAGAAUGUGUUGUAGUGAAUCAAGUUAACGAGCUUCUGGUUGAAAGAUCUGAAUCUCAACUCCCACAGAAAAUGUUCUCAUCCUCUUAUUCAAUAAAUCUUUUCAAGUUUUCGUUCUGUAAAUUUUCUGUUUAUUUUUAAUCGUGAAAAGUU